AUGGUUAAAAUUCUACUUGACCUCUCAUGUCAACGAACACCUUUGUUAAUUCGGAAGAAGCGUAACUUUCAAGAUCCCAAAAAUAAGAAAGAAGUGCUGGCCAUUAGCAAAGAAUGUGUAUCUCAAGUUAAGAAUUUAGAAUCUGAUAACGACAAAUGGCUUUUCAUUUGUGAUAAACUAGGCGACAAAUUUGUGGAGGUCAAUCCACCUAAACUUGAUCCUAAAAUCUACAAAUAUAAUAAGCAAUAUAAGAAGCUCAUGUUAAUACUUGAUAGAAAUGAGCACGGAUAUCCUUGUGACAAACUUUUGACCACUAUUGGUAAAACUUUAGAACAGGUUCCAAAAUGUCUUGCAAGUGUCAAAGAGAAAAUCAAGAACCAUAUCAAAUGGAGCCAUGAUAAGGCUUUGAACAGAAAGAUGAAAUGGUGGGAACAAAACUAUGCAACCAACUCUAAACAUCUGAGAAAGAAAAUUUACAAAACGUCAUCACCACCAUACAAAUUAUCUAUCGACGGAACUGAAAUUAGUGACCCCAAUGAAGUUGCCAAUGUGAUCAAGGACAAAUAUCAACAAAACCUCAACUUUAGAGGAAGAAAUCAUCAAAUUGACAUUACCAAGUUUUUCAAGUACAAACAUCCAUUAAUUGAUAAUUGCAAUGACAAAAUACUCGGUAGAAUUACCACGGAAGAGAAAGAAUGGAUAAUUCAGAAUUUGAAAUCCACAGCACCCAAUGAACUAGGUUUAAGACAAAAAACUAUCAAAUACAUGUGUAAGGAAUUACAGGAGGAAAUUUUUCAAAUUAUUGAAAAUAUCAUUACAACUGGAUUUACUCCUGAAUCUAUGCAAAGUGUCAGCAUUCUCCCAAUUCACAAAAAGAAUAAGGACCACUCAAACCCUGCUAACUAUAGACCUAUUACCCUUAUGGACUCAGGACUUAAAAUAGCUACUAAAUUAAUCACCAAAAGAUUGAAGGAAGUGUUAAAGGGAAGAUUAUCAUUAGCUCAAUUUGGUGGUGAAGACGGCAGAGAAACUAUUCACAGAGUCCUUUCAAUUUACAAUAUGAUUGCUUGGGCAAAAAAGGACAAGAAACCUUUUUAUGGGAUUGAUGAAAUUACUGCUGAUGGAAUUCUGGAAAUAUUAGGUGAAUCUACGACAAAGUUUGUUAUACCUAAUGGUAAAUCUGAAUGUUUCAAUGUGAAAGAUGGAUUGAAACAAGGCGACACCUUCUCUCCCCUUGCAUUCAAAAUUGCGCUUGAGCCUCUCUUACAAUUUUUAGAAAUAACAUAUAAUGGUGCUAGUGUUGCAAAUUAUUGGAACAUUAGUACAGGCGCAUGGAUUGAUGAUUUGAACUCAUUUUCCAACGAACUACCUGAUAUUGAAAAUUCUUUGCAUGACAUUGAAACCUAUCUUCAUGGCUAUCACAUGGAAUUAGAUCAUUCCAAAACUAACCUCUUCUCUGAUAAGGAAUGUAGUAUCAAGACAUUAUCUGGAAGUACGAUCAAAAGUAAUGAUUCUAUUAUUAUACUUGGUAAUAAUAUUACCAAUAAUACUGAGGAACAAAAGAAAUACACUACUUCAAUUAUUGAAGAAGUUAAAAGAAGAACUAACUCUAUUGGCUGGAAUUUUCCAAUACAGAACAUUGUCAAAAUUAUCAACACAGACAUUGUUCCGUAUGCACUGUACCACCUAAUUCCUCUUGCUAAUGACCAUCUAGAGAAACAAAUUGAUAAAUUCUUUCGCAACUUUAUAUGUGAAAGAUUAAGAACCAAGAGAAAAUUAGCUCUCGAGUGGUUUUACACUCAUCAAGACAAAGGUGGACUUGGAUUAAUUUCUGUUCAAGAAAUGAGUUACUCGGACCUAAUGUGUAAAGUCAGAAAGUUCCUUGAACAAUAUGAUAUUUGUCUUGGAUCUUCUACAAGAUUCCUUUGUGAACGAAUCAAACAGGAGCAUGGUUUUGACAUCCUCAAUGAUCCAAUCCCUACUUGGUAUAAACCAGACCCAUGGAUUCCUCAAUAUCUCAAGAGAAUAAUUUUCAUGAACAAAUCUUCCAAUAUUAGAUUGUGGCAUUCGAGUGACCAAUGGCAUGAAAAAACUCUCAUCCCUUAUGGAAAAUUCCCUAAAGGUUUAAGACAAUUCCUGCUCUAUAAAGAUUGGAACAGAUUAAGUAUGUGGGUUCCUGACCCUAAAAAUUUACAAGUGAAAUUACAUAAUGACAUCAAACAUUCCAAUCAUGUCACCCAAAUUCGCAACAUUCUCAAUAGCAUGGAUUUUGGAAAAAUCAAAAACGAAAGCAAAUACUACAAAUAUGUUGGUAACAACACAUCCAUGUCAAACCUCUUGAACAAAGCUACACUAAUUGGUACUGACGGAUCGUGUAACAAUAAUAUUGCUGGAUACGGUAUUGUAACUGAUCAGAAUGUUUCCAUCUCAAGUCACACCUUAGGACAAGGAACUUCCUACAACAGUGAAGUUCAAGCGCUCCACACAGUUGUUAGAUUGCUAGAUAACAACACUCCUAGAACAAUAGUCAUAGAUGCGAAAAGUAUUUAUGACCAACUUUUCCAAUUCAGAAAAUCUAGAGAUCCUUAUGUUGAAGAAAUUCGUAAUUAUUUAAAAAUGAAGGAUCAGAUCAAAAUUAUGCAUGUUAAUAGUCAUACAGGUAAACAAGAUAUCUAUAGCCGCAUAAAUGAAUUAGCAGAUAGGGCUGCUAAGAAAGGUGCUGAUUGUAACAAUAUUCUUACUAAUAUUCCAUCCAAUAAUUGGUAUAUUAUUAUCAACAAUGUAUUAUACACUCAAAACACUAGACAAACAAUGUACAAACUUCUAUUUCAACGCCUCCACAAAAGAACAUAUACGCCAAAGAACCUUCCUCCCAAGAACAGAAAGUUCACCAACAUUUACCCCUCAAUAGGAAUCGGUUUCAGAACCUUAAAUCUAAUAUUUAAAAUUAGAGUGAACGUGAUGAAGACUUUGGAAAAUUUAAACAAGAUAUCCAAGACGAACUUGCUAUGUCCUUGCUGUAGUAGAGAGACAAUGCAACACAUUAUUUUUGAAUGUAAAUACUAUAGUGAUAUAAGAAAAGAAAUGUUUAGGAAUUUAUAUAAUAUCUCAAUAUAUGCAAAGAAUAACAAGAAGUUCUCCAAACGACUAUUGUACCUCAUCAAGACUAAACAAGAUAUCCAUAGCCUAACAGGUGCUAAAGUUGGAUUGGGUAAGAAAUGGGACAAAGUAUUUACUAAGGAAGCUUAUCGAUCUAUUACUAAAAUGUGGAUGAAACGAAAUCAUUUUUUCAUGGAAGAAUUGAAACUCACCUGGAAUGAAUUUGAACAACAAUACGAUUUUAAUCCCAAUUUCAUUGAUUUGAACAAGUUUAAACUAUACAUGAAAUACCCACGACCAUGA